UCCUUUCUAGCCUGGUAGUCUAAUAUAUUUAUUUCCAUAGGACCAGUUAUCCCGCCUGCUUCCACGAUGGAGCGAGAGCCUUGUGACUCAGGUCCUCAACUUCUGCCACUCAAAACACAGUCAGAGUGAGGUGUCACUUUAUUUUUCGGCUCUUUGGGAUGGACCAACUGCGACGUUUCUGCCCAGUGACGCAGAUACGUCACCAGUCGGUAGGCGGAAAAGCGGCAGUGCGUUUCUGUAUCUGGAGAUAAAGCCAAACCGGGUGUUUUAUUUAUUUUUUUAAUUAAGCACACUCAUACAGAGGUUACAAUAAGCUUUUAACCAACUGAAAUGGCGGGCCCUGCGGGUCAGACAGAUCUUCAAACGGACAGAGGCGCCCUGAGCGGCCAGACAGUUUCCUCUGAAAACAACAUUGACAUCGACGAGAAAGAGUUGGAUAAUAUCACAAAGAAACACCGACAAGACGAAACGACAGCGCUGCCUCUGCACUCACCUUGGACGUUUUGGCUGGACAGGUCUUUACCAGGUACGACGGCUGCAGAAUGUGAAUCCAAUCUGAAGAAGAUCUAUACUGUGCAAAGCGUUCAGAUGUUCUGGAGUGUAUACAACAACAUCCCGCCAGUCACAGCUCUGCCCUUGAGAUGUAGUUAUCACUUAAUGCGAGGAGAGCGGAGACCUCUGUGGGAAGAAGAAAGCAACGCAAAAGGAGGAGUAUGGAAGAUGAAAAUACCUAAAGAAAGCGCUUCUGCAGUUUGGAAAGAAUUGUUGCUUGCUACUAUCGGGGAGCAGUUUGCAGAUUACUGUGCCUCAGACGACGAGGUUGUUGGCGUCAGCGUUAGCGUUCGAGAUCGGGAAGACGUUGUACAAAUCUGGAAUAGAGAUGCAUCUCUUGCUAACGAAGCAAAUAUCUUGGGGAAAGUCUAUGAGCUCCUCCCAUACAUAUCUUUUAAAGCUGUUUUUUAUAAAUCACACAUGGAACAUCAUGCCUUUGAAGGAGGACGCUCAAGACAUUAGAUUGUAAUGCACUUUUUUUUGUUUGUUUUUUUUAUCAGAACUCUGUAUGCCUUGUCCUAAAGGCACUGUCCACAACCUAAUCCAGGAUAUUAUUUUGCAUUCAACAAGGAAAUGUUAUCGAUAUAUUUUUAUAACUUUUAAUGACGGAUGCCUUGUUUCAUUUUGACUUGUGCCCUAAAUCUCUGAACUCUUCACAGAAUGUAUAUCCAGCAUAAAUAUCAUCCAGAGUUCAUUGGUUCAUGUUGGUUUUGACUUCCUGCUAUACUCGACUGCACUGUCAUGGUCCUGUUUCCUGCACGGCCUACAGAUCACACAAUUUGUCCCGGGUAUAGAGGUAGCAGCUACAUAAUUUGGUGUAUUUUAAGUGUUUGAUAUGUAAGAUAUCUCAAGUCAUUUCGUGUUUUAAUUAAGUCUGUUUCUUCAGUGCCAAAGCACUUUUUCUGCCCUCUUAGAAGUUUGUAUCCUAAUAGUGUUUCUUUCACAGUUUUUCCACUUCGGAGGAUGGACAGAAUGUCCCAUUUGGUUUCUUGAAGCUUAAUCACAUGUAUGUCGGACUUAAAAUCAGGGUAACACUUGGAAAUAUUGCACAUGGCUACCUAUUCCAGUCAGUGUCGCUCAGAUAUAAAGCCAUCAUAGGGAAUCUGACCCUCUUCUAACACAGAUAUGGCCCUAAGAGACGCAACAUUUUGUUUCUGACGUUUUUACGGCAUCACUUAAAGAGCAAAACCCAUCCUGAAAGGUGCCUCUUUGAAUGUUCCCACACACUUCACAUUUGAUAUUUCCCUCCAUACAUAUGUUGAAAGUAGACCCUGUGUUCUCCUAAAUGGAGUCACGGAUUGUUUAUUAUGCGUGUAUUGCUCAGCUAGCAGUUCCUCCUACCAGUGGAUCUAGUUUGCUUAUUGGACUGUGUCCUUUUGACUGUAACACACAGAGGAAAAUGCAGCAUUAUGUGUGCAAAGGAAGUAACAUGAAGUCAUGCUAUUCCAGCGUGAUUCGUAGAUACUAUUUGAUCAUUAAAAUAAAGUCAAGAUAUGUUGAGUCUCAGUAAUGACUGUGUCAAAGUGAAGUGCUGCUUGAAAAGAAAAUCAAUUUUAAACCACAAAUUACACUGACCUCUCCUGUGUUUGUAAUGAUAAAUUAACAGGGAGAACAGGAAAACAUUUUUCUGUCAUAUCCUUUUACAUAUUUUCUGAGACUUCACACCAGUCUGCUCACUCUACUAACACAGUUAACAUGCUAUUGUUUUAUCAUGGUGUAGGCUACGGUAAACUGAACGCUUCUGGUGUUAUUAUCACAACUUAUAGAUCAUCUUUGGGCUGGUUCAUAAGUCAGUUAUAGUGAAACAAUAUUUCCUUUGUAAACAUGAUUUUUGCAGUCACAUGGACUAAAGUAAAUAAAACAGAUGAAAAUACAA